AUGGCGUUGAUCAUCCCCGUUGGAGCCUACGUAGACGCUUUUGGCAACGAAGUCAGUAAGCUGAACUCAGCGUUGAACCUAACGGAACGUAACGAAGCAACGAUUCGUGAUCAACUGAACCGGAUCGUGAGGCUGCAUCAGCUGCUGAUCGAUUACGAAACCACGCUACAAGAACUGUACAGCAUGGCAAUUCUGGUCAAAAUUGGUCUCGUCUAUCUUGGGAUCAUCAGCGCGAUUGUCGUUAUCUUCAAGUCGCAAGACGAUCGCAUUGCGUACAUUUACUUGAUGUUACAGUUUGAGCACUUGACGCGGUACUGUAUGAUGGGAACCGUUAUCACUGAUAAGAACGAUCAACUAUUGGGACAUAUUGCGGAUAUUAACUGGUACCAGCUGAACCAAGGUCAGGCGAAGCGUCUUAUUCUUAUGCUGCUUCAAGCACAGAAUGCUACCAGUGUGACGAUUGGCAAUUUUAGGCCACUCAACGCUGAAACCUUCGUGGAAAUACUUAAGUCGAUUUACUCAUGCGUUGUGGUUUUAAACGCAUUAUUCGACUAA